GGUCAAGGUCAGUGAAGACUGCAAGUUUUGAAGAAAGGCAACAAUGGAAGAUUAUUGAACUAUAAUGCAGCAAAUCGUGUAUGUGGAGUCUGCCCACUAGGACUUCUAGAUGGAGUGUUUACAACUGAGAAAAAGAUAAGAAGAAUGAAGUGUAAUGGUAAGCAGGUGAUGCCUGGAGACAUACAAACUCCAGUACCUAUGGACGUACCACUUGAGAACAGUUGUCCCGAACAGGGCCGAGGGGAAGAGACCCGGGGGGAGGAGCCCCGGGGGGAAGAGGUCCAGGGGGAGGAAAGCGGAGGAGAAGAGUCUGUGGAUAAUUCAAGUGAUCUGCUGAAGAAGUUACUUACUAGUACAGACCAGGUGAAAACCAGUGACAAUGCAAACAAGGACGGAGAAUCAGCUCCUGAAAAAUCAAAAAGUCAACUUUUUUCAGAAAAGCUUUGUGAAGAAGGAGAGAGCAGUCUCACUUCUCAUAGUGUAAAUGGAGACAGAGCAGGGAAAGGCAAUCAACAAGCACAAGGAGGGUAUGAUAAACCAGUGGAAAUAAACAGACAAGGCAGUCAAACCAGUGUUCCACUGUCUGUGUCACACAGAAGACUUUUGACCGAAAUGCUGACCAAAAACUGGAAAGCUGUCACACCAAGAAAUGGGAACAGUUUGUACGGCAACUGGAAGGAAAACAGUAACCUGAAGCUGGUUCAUGCCCUAUUGAAGCAAUCCGCAGAGAGGUCAGCACCAGUAGUGGCCCCCAUGCCAGGGUAUACAGAAGACCAGGCAGGGCCAGGUGAGGGCCUCCCCUUGAAGACUGGCAAAGGAUCAGAGAUUGGGUCCAGGAUAGUGGAAGGAUGUAGUUAUUAA